CACUCCCGCCGCUCCGGGCAGGACCCGGACACUCCGGGCUCGGUGUCCCGGGCAGGCCCUGGGGGCUCCGGGGGUGUCCCGGCCGGACCCCACCCACCCCUCCUGCCCCACCCCGGCCCGAUUAGGCCGGGCUUUGGGGCUAAUUCCCGACACCUGACCGGCUUAGGCUCCUGAGUCCAUUAUCAGCUUAGGAGCAAAGACAUCUGCUGCCGGCAGAGCCCGGAGCCCGCAGCAGCCUCUCCUCUCCCCUCCAUGGGGCUCUGAGCGGCCCCAGCGCGCACAGGGGCCCCCCCGGCCCCCCAGUUCCAGGGCACAAUGGCUCAGGACAUGACCGAGAAGGAGCUGCUGAAGAUGGAGCUGGACCAGCUGAAGAAGGAGGUGAAGAACGAGAGGCAGAUGGUCUCCAAGACGGGCAAGGAGAUCAAGGAGUACAUCGAGUCCAUGGCGGGCGAGGACCCGCUGCUCAAGGGCGUGCCCGAGGACAAGAACCCCUUCAAGGAGAAGGGGGGCUGCACCGUCAGCUGACCCCCGUGCCCCCCAGGACCGCCGGCAGGCUCCUGCUCCCCCUCCAGCGCGGCCUCGGGCAGCCCAGAGCCGAACCCUAGCGCAGUGAAAGGGCAGCACGAGGAGGAGGAGAAGGAAAAAAAAAGCAUGAACAAAGCAAAAACAAAAAAAAAAAAAGGAAAAAACCCAAAAAA